UUGACAUGGCAACGAACGACGAUGUUGUAGUUGCCGCGGCGGCUGCCACCACAGUUUCCGCACAUACCGAAGCAGCCGAGCGAGCCUUUUGCGACGAGCUGGAAGAAGACUUGACUGACGCGACCACGGAACAUGACAAUGCAUCGGGACUUCUCAAAGGCGAAGCGCUGCUGUCCCACAUUCGAUCGACCGUCAUCGGUCGCAACAGCGCGUUUGACACUCCAUUCGGCGUGCGUCCUCUCGUGUACGCAGACUACACUGCCAGCGGUCGAACCUUGCAAUGCAUUGAAGAUUACAUGCAGACGGAGGUGUUGCCGCAGUACGGGAACACCCACACGACCACGUCCAUUACAGGGUUGCAAUCCACAUGCUUCCGCCAUGAAACGCGCCAAAUCGUGGCUCAAUGUGUGAAUGCCAAGAUCACUGGCCGCGGCGCGGAAGACGUUGUAUUGUUCACGGGCAGCGGGAGCACCGGCGCCAUCCACAAGCUCGUCCUGGCGCUUGGCCUGCACGUGCCCAUUCCCGACGGUCGUCCCAAGCCGGUGGUGUUUGUCGGUCCGUUCGAGCACCACUCCAACUUGCUCCCGUGGCGAGAAAGCUCGGCGGAUGUCGUUCAGAUUGGCGAAUCGUCCGAUGGCACCGUGGACAUUGCCGCGCUGAAGCUGCAAUUGACCACGUACGCUGAUCGACCGCUCAAGAUCGGUUCGUUCUCGGCGGCGUCUAACUUGACGGGGGUUCUGAGCGACGUAGACGGCAUCACAUGCCUCUUGCAUCAACACGGUGCGUUGGCUUUCUGGGACUACGCAGCGGCGGCACCAUACGUGGCGAUGGACAUGAAUCCCGUCGUGGUGGGGGACACGCGACCGUUCGUGUACAAGGACGCGAUCUUUUUGUCCGGCCACAAGUUUGUUGGUGGCCCGGGCUCUCCAGGGGUCCUCGUCGUGAAGAAACGGCUGCUCGGCAACGCCGUCCCCACGACCCCUGGGGGCGGCACCGUGUUUUACGUCACCGAAGACGAUCAUCGGUACCUGUCCAACCGCGAAGAGCGCGAAGAAGGCGGGACGCCCGACACUUUGGGCUCGAUCCGGCUCGGCCUGGCGUUUGAAAUCAAGCAGCGCAUCGGCACGGCGACAAUUCUCGACCGCGAACACCGCCACGUUCAACGAGUGGUCGCCGCCUUGCAAAACCACCGCCACCUCGUGUUGCUAGGACAUGGCACGGCGGACCGGUUGCCAAUUUUUUCGUUCCUGGUGCGCGCGGGGGCUCGCUUCCUGCACUACAACUUUGUGUGCGCGCUCCUGAAUGAUCUCUUUGGCGUUCAGUCGCGCGGCGGGUGUCAGUGCGCCGGUCCGUACGGCCAGCGGCUGCUUGGCAUUUCCAAACGCGACCAACGCACGCUGGAAUCGGCGUUGAUUGACAAGACGGAAGUGCUGCGGCCUGGCAUGUCCCGUGUGAGUUUUCCCUACAUCAUGGACGACGACGAAGUCGAGUACAUCUUGGCGGCGUUGGAUUUCGUCGCCACCGAAGGCUGGAAGUUCUUGCCGCAGUAUCGCUUCAACCACAAGACGGGCGAGUGGAAGCACCGCACGCGCUUCACCAAGUUCCCCACGCGAAAGUGGCUGUCCAAGGCGACUUUUUUGGCGUCCCCGCCGCUUCCUGCCAUCACACCCGUGGCCUCGUAUGCAGAGUACCUAGUUCAAGCCAAAGUUCUGGCCGAACAAGCAUUGUCCGAGGUGCACAAUACCCCGCAGAGUCACGCGGGUAUGUUGGACGCGUCCAAGGAGUCGUUACGGUGGUUCAUCUACCCGUCAGAAGUACUUGCGAGCGUGCAAGGCAAGUCGCUGCCGACGCUAGACUUGGUGGGGCCCAUUCAGCCGCAUUUGUAUGGAGCGCCGCCGACUCCUCCAAUCAUUGCCGUCGAAUCCGACAGCUCUCGGGCGAGGUCGGCAGCAGCAGUAGCAGCGCUCGUUUGCACAACGGGUACUUGCCCCAUCAUCGCCCCCAAGGCUGAAAAGUAUCCCCUCCGAGACCCCACCGCCGACUCAAACCCCCUUCAAGGUCUCGAACAAGCUAUUGCCGCCACCGACAAGAUCGCCCAGCAAGUCACGACCACCCAACUCUUCCCCACCCCCCCCAAGAAACUAAUGCGGCUGGUUGGGCAGGCCAUGAUGCAGUGGCAGAUGAUCGAAGAUGGCGACCGGCUGCUCUUGGGGGUAUCCGGGGGCAAAGAUUCGCUGAGUUUGCUGCACAUUCUACUGACGCUGCAAAAGCGGGCCCCUGUCCGCUUUACGAUAGCGUGCGCCACGGUAGACCCGCAAACCCCGAGCUUUGACCCGAGUCCGCUCAAGGAGUACAUGCGGACACUGGGCGUCGAAUACCAUUACCUGUCCGAGAACAUCGUCGAGCGCGCCAUGUGUGAGAUGGAAGGCGACUCACUGUGUGCGUACUGCUCGCGCAUGAAGCGGGGGCUGUUGUACUCGUGCUGCCGCACCCACAACUUUAACAAACUGCUGCUGGCCCAGCACUUGGACGAUCUUGCCGAGAGUUUUAUCAUGUCGGCCAUGUACAACGGCCAAGUCCGCACGAUGAAGGCCAAGUACUGGAAUGACACCAAGGACGUCCAAGUGUUGAGACCCCUUGUGUACGUCCGCGAAGAAGCGCUCAAGGAAUUUGCGUAUUCGUCGCGCCUGCCCGUGAUCAACGAGAACUGUCCGGCGUGCUUUGAGCAGCCCAAGGAGCGUCAACGUGUGAAGAAGAUGCUGUUCCAGGAAGAAAGCCUAAACCCGGACAUCUACAACAGCUUCCGCCGCGCACUCCUUCCGCUCAUGGACAACGAGAUUUACGCCCCGCUCAAUGCCAUCCGAGCGCGCAUCGAUGUUCAAAAGAAAGCCAAAAGCAACGCGAUCGCUUCGUCCAAGAAGCAGUCCAAACAACAGACCGACAUCGACGAGAUGUGAGGGUCUUUAAUACAAUAUGGUUUUCUCGUGA